AUGGAAGCCAACGCUGAUCCUGACCUGCCUACUAGCUGUCCUGGCAGGGCAGUGAUAUCUGCCCCAGCGGGAGGAUAUUUACUCCAAUUGUUCCCACCUGGUGACAAAGGUAAACCUGUGCUUACCAGAUAUUUUGAAAAAGAGGAAGUAGUUGGCGAUGGUCUUGCUUGGAUAUAUGAAGGUGAAGUGGCAGAGAAAGCAAAAUACAAAGUUGCACACAAGGGUUCCUGCUUCCAAUACAAAGAAGUGGAAUAUGUGCUGAGUGGGAAGACACCAUUCGAGAAGGACGAUCUCGUCGAAGUCCGGCGUCUGGAGGAGGAGCAAAAUCGGCAGGAAAUAGAACCAUUCACAGGUGCGGGGACGAAGAAGCGCAGGAGAGAGGGCCCGCACGAACUUGUUCCAUUUCCAACAAGCACAUUGAAAAGAAAACUACCAAUGGGUAAAUUAGCUGAACAAUUCGGGGGUUUGAAGGAUCGAGAACUUACCAAGCAAGCCCUCUUUGACGGCUUGGUUAAACUUGCAACUAAAAUCGGGGUAUCCAAUUUGGACAAGAAAGCUGUACCGAUCCUUGGGCUUUCUGCAAUUAGCGGAGCUGGGAAGACCGAAUUCCUAAGAUGGAUCUUCAACAAUUGCUGCACUUAUCUACCGAAGAACCAAAACACGACAAUGCUUCUUCAGAAAAUAAACGAGGGCAUAUCACAAGGCCAACGAAAACUGGACAACAUCCUUGUCUUGUUCGCCUCAUUCAACCAAGAGUCAACAUAUUUUAGUGGUGAAGGACCCAUUGUAUCGACAACAGUGGAGCGCCUGCUUCGCUCUUUCAUGGGGAAUGUUGAAAUGGGAGGCAACACUGCAUGGAAGAAAACCAGAUUCGAGGGAUUCUCUUCCUUUCAAGAUAUCAUCCACCAUUUCUCAUCAAUACAAGAAAAAGGCAAUACCGGCUUUAUCAUUUGCGUCGACGAGCUCUCAAAGUUGAGAAGGGGUAAUUCAAGUGAAUAUGAGAAACUAAUGGACGAGCUUUUAAGCUUGUCGCAAGUCUGUCUCAAGGGAGGAGUCUUUUGUGCAAUCGUUGGAGCGGCGCUAUCAAUUUAUGAUUUCGGUGAAGUUAUUCUCCAGCUUUCUGGGCGAGCACUCGAACCAAUUUCAUUCCCUCAAAGUAAGCCUCAGAUGGUGGAAGCAGCAAAGAAUUUUGCUCGGAAAAACACCCGUAUUUUCACGGGAGCCCCUUGCGGUAACGAGAUGGACGAAUUCUAUCUCGAUGUUACAACCUCUUGCUUGGAGAGCAGUGAGCGUUUGGAAUAUUGGAGUAGUAUCAUGGACCUGAAAAACAGCACUGAAACCAGAGUGACCCCGACGGCAAUUUCCUACGUGAAGCCAGAUGCCUUCACAUACGACGAAAUCUUUCUUCUGGUAUCGAAAGGACUGUUUGAUAGAGACAGCUGGGAUACUCUCAAUAAAGAAAAGGUGGAAGCUCUGAUGAACGAAUUAGGAGGAAGCGUAGUACUGAAGCCAAAAGAGGGGUGCAUUAGGAGACACAUGGGCGAGCUAUUGGUGGGGAAAAUGAUGCUUCCUGCCUGGCGCUUGUUGGAGUUUGCCUUCGUGGAGAAAAACAGAAUGUUUAAGUACGUGCAAAAUUGGGUGUUGACUGAAACGAGCAAGCUUUUCUACACGUACAGUCCCGCUGAAGUGCAAAAGAUGUGGGAGAUCGCAACAAUGGCAGUGCUGGAACUUCGGAGAGCAAUGAUUUGGGCAUGCAAUGCAGCACCAGGAGGCAACGACUUGUAUCCAACUGUGAAGGAAACAGUCGAAGGCCUCGGCGUGGAGCACAAUCUUUGCGAUGAUCUCCUCGAUGCUGCAUCACACCCACGUGCGGCCGAAUGCAAGUUCACAAUGAAUCUUGCAGAAAACAUCAAAGAAAAGUUUGAAUACGACAGAGAUUCACCCUGCAUUUUUUACUCUGUGAAUGAUAUUGAGAAAGGAGUCGAAGGGGUCUUUAAGGGGGGAUUCGAUACCUCGGAGAACGAUGUGUGUAUACUUUUUCAAAUGAAGAUGUACAAAGAAGCAACUCCUAGUCUGAUCUUGGAUUGGCUAAAGAAAGCGGAUAGCCGUGCGAAUGAUUUGGGUCUUCAAGAUGGAAGUUAUGUUGUCCAACUAUUUGUCACUGGUGCAGUGGAAGCUAACAUCGCGAAUUGCAAGGCCGAAUGGCCCAAAAACUGCAUGGUCUUUGGGACCAAAGCUCUGAAACACCUUUUUGAGCCUUUCGGGCCUGGCAUCAUUGAGAGGCUGAUCAACUUGAAAAGCCGUUAA